UGAUGCAGACUUGUCUUGACAUGUUUAUAUAGGCUCCAGCCUCGGUACUAAAGUCCUGUGAUAAGAGGGAAGAUGAGGAUUGUGGCCAACCUUUUGAUCUUACUCAAGAUACAGAACUUUGAGGUUAAAAGGAAUAAAUGUGCUGUGAUCAGGAGUAAAAAAGUCCAUAUCCUCCUGUCUUUCCAUUAAAUAGGCCUAUGAAGAUAAUGAUGUUGGUUUUUUACUUAACCUGCAUCAUGAGUGACAGGACAGCAUCGGAAACUUUGUGGGUAAAAGCAUCACCAUCAUAUUCUUUCGGUUUCUACAUGGUGAGCUAUAAAAAAAGAAAAGAAAAAGGGCUGAGUGAGUGAGUAACAGGAUAUCUGGUUUCGCUUUCCACUUAACGCAAGAGAAAGUGCGUUAAUCGCUCCGGCUUCUGGCUCGCUCAGGUCAAAAUGUUGAAAAACUUUAGCCUGUGCAAAUACUUGCUGGCACUGAUGGUUUUCGCCUAUCAUGCUGGAGGAAAUUUGGAAGAAGAUCCCCUUUUCAAAUGCUUACAAGACUCUGAUUAUAAUUACCUUCUGAAGCUAACAGAACAAGGUCUACCUCCAGCGAAGAACCCUCAGCAUGUGAUAAUCAUCGGAGCAGGUGCUGCUGGACUCACUGCUGCCAAGUUCCUGGAGGAUGCGGGACACAAGGUGACGAUUAUUGAGGCAAGUGACCGCAUAGGUGGAAGAAUUCUAACCCACAGGGACGAAGAGGGCUGGUAUGCAGAACUUGGUGCCAUGAGGAUCCCACAUUUCCACAAGAUUCUCACGACUUUUGCAACAAAGCUGGGCCUGACGUUUAGACCCUUUAUACAGGAAGACGACAACACUUAUUAUUUUAUAAACGGAUUUCGCUAUAAAACCUACACUGUAAAGCAGAAUCCAGAUGUUCUGAAGUACCCUGUGUGUGACUGGGAGAAGGGCAAAAGUGCCAGAGAACUGUUUGACAAGGCUUUGGGCAAGUUAAAAGAUGAUCUGCAGAGAAUGGGCUGUGAGAAGAUGUUAAAUAAAUAUGAUUCAUACUCAGUUAAGGAGUAUUUAGUGAAUGUGGGAAAUUUGAGCAGAGGGGCUUUGCGGAUGAUUGGCGAUAUUCUGAAUGAGAACAGCUUCUUCUACACGGCCCUCACUGAGAUGCUCUACAUCCAGUGUGAUAUAAGUGACAAUGAAACGUAUCAUGAAUUUAAAGGUGGCUUUGAAUUAUUCCCUAAAGCGUUCUACACUGUGCUAAAUAGCACAAUUCUUAAGAACUCAAAAGUCCAGGCCAUCAGUCAAAUGCAGGACAACGUGACAGUUUUGUACGAAGACAGGCGUAACCACGGCACCCUGACAAGCAUUACUGCUGAUUAUGUGUUGGUGACGGCCACAGCCAAAGCAACGCUCCUCAUUGACUUUAAACCUCCUCUGUCGGUUGAAAAGAUGGAAGCACUGCGAGCGCUGCACUAUUCCAGCUCCACAAAAGUAGUGCUGAGUUUCAGCAAAAAGUUCUGGGAGGAUGAUGGCAUUCACGGAGGGAAAAGCAUCACAGAUCUGCCAUCACGUUUCAUUCACUACCCCAGUCAUAAUUCCUCUGGUAUAUCAGGCGGGGCUGUGUUGGCUUCUUACACCUCCUCUGAUGAUGCUGCAUUUCUACAGACUAUCAAUGAAGAGGACUUGAAGGAUCUGGUGUUGAGUGACCUGGUGAAGAUCCAUGGAGAACACAUCCGCCAGCUCUACACCGGGGGUGUUGUGAAAAAGUGGGGAAUGGAUCCUUACAGCCACGGCGCCUUUGCCAUCUUCACUCCAUUCCAGAUGAGAGACUAUAGUAUGUCUAUAGUCCAGAAUGAGGGGAGGAUUUACUUUGCAGGAGAGCACACGGCCAGACCUCAUGGCUGGAUUGAAACCGCUAUGAAAUCUGCUCUGAGAGCUUCAGAUAAAAUAAAUAACAAUGCAAUGUAGGAAACAAAUCAUGAUUAACCAUCACCUUUGCCAGACUUUAUUAAAAAAAAAAAAAAAAAAGGGAUGUGGUUGGCAUUUUGGAGGUGUUUGAUAUUUUAUUAAAUAGUAUGUGAAUAUACUAUCAGUGAUCUUCUAAGCACUUUUGCAAGAAUAUUGAUGUUCAAUACAAUGUAGCCUAUUAUUAUUCAUUACUCUGAAUUGCUAACUGUCAACAUAUUAUUUAACAAUGCACCUAAACUACAAAAAGGACAAGUUUUUUUUUUUAUUUGAUUAAAUUUAAUUAUUUUAGAUUACUGAAAUUGUAUUACAUUAUUGAUUAUUCUGGUACUGUAUUAGCACUUAUUUUUUAUACAGUCUAUGAUUUACACAGCCAAUUGUAUUAUUAACAGCAUUAAUAAUAUCUAUUUUCUUCAACUUAAAUGAAAUUGUAUUUACAUACCUUCUGUUAUACAUUUACAAGUUAAGUAAAUUGUAAGAAAUGUUAAAAUGUUACAUAGAUUAAUA